UUCCGAAUUGCAGGAAGGCUCACUGCAGACGAUUAGUCAUCUCUCACGAGAGGCGACACUCUGUUUCAGUGUUUCAGAUCUCUCGCCUCGUUGAUAAUUUUCGAUUCAGAAAAAUUUCCAUUCUCGCUGUUGGAUAUAUAAUAAUAUAAUACACAUAUACUUCUCUUUGGUUUGAAGAACUCUCUCUCAGCUCAUUCUCUCUCUAGAUCUUUCUUUCUCUGGUUUAUUGGAAUCUAGGAGAGGGGUUCGAGUUAGCCUAUUGCUACUGCAGAUCUCUGAAUAUCUGUGGGUGAUUCGCUGUUGUUUUCUUGGUCGAUUUCCAGAUCGUUUGCUCCAGAUCCACUGCACUGAUCUCGGUGUUCUGAUCGUGUACAACCAUGGCGGCCGCCAACGCACCAAUCACUAUGAAAGAAGCGCUCACGCUGACUAGCUUAGGGAUCAAUCAGCAGUUCAUUACCUUUACGAAUGUGACCAUGGAAUCCGAUAAGUACAUCUGUGUUCGUGAGACUGCUCCUCAAAAUAGUGUGGUGAUCAUCGAUAUGAGCAUGCCAAAUCAACCAUUGAGGCGGCCUAUUACUGCAGAUUCCGCACUUAUGAAUCCAAAUUCUAGAAUUUUGGCACUAAAAGCUUCACUUUCUGGAACCACUCAAGAUCAUUUGCAAAUAUUUAACAUUGAGGCAAAAGCAAAGAUAAAGUCAUAUCAGAUGCCUGAGCAGGUUGUGUUUUGGAAGUGGAUCACCCCAAAGAUGUUGGGUUUAGUGACACAAUCAUCUGUAUAUCACUGGUCCAUUGAAGGUGAUUCUGAGCCAGUAAAGAUGUUUGAAAGAACUGCAAAUUUGUCCAACAACCAAAUAAUCAAUUAUAAAUGUGAUCCUUCUGAAAAGUGGUUGGUUUUGAUCGGCAUUGCUCCAGGUUCACCUGAGAGACCUCAACUGGUUAAAGGAAAUAUGCAGCUGUUUUCUGUGGAUCAGCAACGGAGCCAGGCUCUUGAAGCUCAUGCUGCAUCAUUUGCUUCUUUUAGAGUUGCUGGGAAUGAUAAAGACUCCAUACUUAUUUCGUUUGCUACAAAAUCGUCUAAUGCUGGUCAAAUUACGUCUAAGUUGCAUAUUAUUGAGCUUGGUGCUCAGCCAGGGAAGCCAUCUUUUACGAAAAAGCAAGCAGAUUUAUUCUUUCCUCCAGAUUUUGCUGAUGACUUUCCAGUUGCCAUGCAGAUAUCGCACAAGUAUGGUCUCAUCUAUGUGAUUACGAAGCUUGGGCUGCUUUUCGUAUAUGAUCUGGAAAGUGCUGCAGCUGUAUAUAGAAAUAGGAUCAGUCCAGAUCCUAUUUUUCUGACGUCAGAAGCUUCAUCUCUUGGUGGUUUUUAUGCAAUUAAUAGGCGAGGCCAGGUUUUGCUUGCUACAAUAAAUGAAGCAACUAUCGUGCCUUUUGUCAGUGGUCAAUUGAACAAUCUAGAGCUUGCUGUCAAUCUUGCUAAAAGGGGAAACCUUCCUGGGGCAGAGAACUUGGUUGUUCAAAGGUUCCAAGAGCUAUUUGCUCAAACAAAGUACAAGGAGGCUGCUGAGCUUGCUGCAGAGUCACCACAAGGCAUUCUCAGAACACCAGAUACUGUUUCAAAAUUUCAGAGUGUUCCUGUUCAAGCUGGGCAGACACCUCCAUUGCUCCAGUAUUUUGGAACCUUGUUAACCAAGGGAAAGCUUAAUGCGUUUGAAUCUUUGGAGCUAUCUCGACUUGUUGUUAACCAGAACAAGAAGAAUCUACUUGAGAACUGGUUGGCUGAAGAUAAACUGGAAUGUAGUGAGGAGCUUGGAGACCUUGUGAAGACUGUUGACACUGAUCUUGCCUUGAAAAUAUAUAUCAAAGCCAGAGCUACACCGAAAGUUGUGGCAGCUUUUGCAGAACGCCGUGAGUUUGACAAAAUAUUGAUAUACUCGAAGCAGGUAGGGUAUACACCUGAUUAUCUGUUCCUUCUGCAAACCAUCCUCCGAUCAGAUCCCCAGGGAGCUGUGAAUUUUGCCCUGAUGAUGUCUCAAAUGGAGGGAGGUUGUCCUGUCGAUUACAAUACUAUAACCGACCUUUUUCUUCAGAGGAACUUGAUCCGUGAGGCCACAGCAUUUUUAUUGGAUGUUCUGAAACCAAACCUGCCUGAGCAUGCAUUCCUGCAAACUAAGGUCCUGGAGAUCAAUCUUGUUACUUUCCCUAAUGUGGCCGAUGCUAUUUUGGCAAAUGGCAUGUUUAGCCACUAUGACAGACCGCGCAUCGCACAACUUUGUGAGAAAGGUGGCCUUUACGUCCGAGCACUUCAGCAUUACUCUGAGCUGCAAGAUAUCAAGCGUGUCAUAGUGAAUACUCAUGCAAUUGAGCCACAGGCACUUGUGGAAUUCUUUGGGACCCUUUCCAAGGAAUGGGCUCUGGAAUGCAUGAAGGAUCUGUUACUGGUCAAUUUAAGAGGAAAUCUUCAGAUAAUAGUUCAGGUUGCGAAAGAAUAUUGUGAUCAGUUAGGCGUGGAAGCCUGUAUUAAGCUCUUUGAACAGUUCAAGUCGUAUGAAGGAUUAUAUUUUUUCUUGGGAUCAUAUCUGAGCUCCAGUGAGGAUCCUGAUAUUCACUUCAAGUACAUUGAAGCUGCAGCAAAGACUGGACAGAUUAAAGAAGUUGAGCGGGUAACAAGAGAGUCAAAUUUCUAUGAUCCUGAAAAGACAAAGAACUUUUUGAUGGAAGCAAAGCUUCCCGAUGCACGACCAUUGAUCAAUGUCUGUGACCGGUUUGGUUUUGUUCCCGAUCUGACGCAUUACUUGUAUUCUAACAAUAUGCUUCGGUAUAUUGAAGGUUACGUGCAAAAGGUCAAUCCAAGCAAUGCUCCAUUGGUUGUUGGGCAGCUUCUUGAUGACGAGUGUCCCGAAGAUUUCAUUAAAGGGCUCAUCCUGUCUGUUCGUUCUCUUCUUCCAGUCGAACCUUUGGUUGAGGAAUGUGAAAAGAGGAAUCGGCUUCGCCUACUUACUCAGUUUUUGGAGCAUCUUGUCAGUGAAGGAAGCCAAGACGUGCAUGUGCACAAUGCUUUGGGUAAAAUAAUCAUUGAUAGCAAUAAUAAUCCGGAGCACUUCCUCACCACCAAUCCAUAUUAUGAUUCUCGUGUUGUGGGUAAAUACUGUGAGAAGCGUGAUCCUACCCUUGCUGUUGUCGCAUACCGCAGAGGGCAGUGCGAUGAUGAACUUGUUAAUGUCACGAAUAAGAAUUCUUUGUUCAAGCUGCAAGCCAGGUAUGUUGUUGAAAGAAUGGAUGGUGAUCUUUGGGCCAAGGUGCUUGAUCCUGAAAAUGAAUUCAGAAGAUUGCUCAUUGAUCAAGUUGUAUCCACUGCUUUGCCCGAGAGCAAAAGCCCAGAGCAAGUUUCUGCUGCUGUUAAAGCUUUUAUGACAGCUGAUCUACCCCAUGAACUAAUUGAGUUACUUGAGAAGAUAGUUCUUCAAAACUCAGCUUUCAGUGGGAACUUCAACCUUCAAAACUUAUUAAUCCUAACUGCAAUCAAGGCAGAUCCUUCUAGAGUUAUGGAUUAUGUGAACAGACUCGAUAACUUUGAUGGUCCUGCAGUUGGAGAAGUGGCUGUUGAAGCCCAACUGUUUGAAGAGGCUUUUGCUAUCUUUAAGAAGUUUAAUUUGAAUGUUCAGGCUGUUAAUGUAUUGUUGGACAAUAUCCGAGACAUUAACCGAGCAGUAGAAUUUGCAUUCCGAGUUGAAGAAGAUGCUGUCUGGAGUCAAGUUGCUAGAGCCCAACUCAGGGAAGGACUAGUUAGUGAUGCCAUUGAGUCAUUCAUCCGUGCUGAUGAUGCAACUCAGUUCCUGGAAGUCAUAAAAGCUGCAGAGGAUGCAGAUGUUUAUCAUGAUCUGGUGAAGUAUCUUCUCAUGGUUAGGGAGAAGGCUAAGGAGCCCAAAGUGGACAGUGAGCUCAUUUAUGCAUAUGCUAAGAUAGAUAGGCUGGGUGAGAUAGAGGAGUUCAUUCUCAUGCCUAAUGUUGCUAAUCUGCCGAAUGUUGGUGAUCGCUUGUAUGAUGAGGCUCUAUACGAGGCUGCUAAGAUUAUAUUUGCUUUCAUCUCCAACUGGGGCAAAUUGGCAAGCACGCUUGUGAAGCUGAAUCAAUUCCAAGGUGCUGUUGAUGCUGCUCGAAAAGCUAAUAGUGCGAAGACAUGGAAAGAAGUUUGCUUUGCCUGUGUUGACGCAGAGGAGUUCCGCUUGGCUCAGAUUUGCGGUCUGAACAUCAUUGUGCAGGUCGAUGACCUAGAAGAGGUUAGUGAGUACUAUCAGAACAGAGGAUGCUUUAAUGAACUCAUAUCGCUUAUGGAGAGUGGUUUAGGGUUAGAACGUGCACAUAUGGGCAUCUUCACAGAGCUUGGAGUCCUUUAUGCUCGAUACCGCCAUGAGAAGCUUAUGGAACAUGUCAAAUUGUUCUCUACUCGUCUCAAUAUUCCCAAGCUGAUCCGAGCCUGUGAUGAACAGCAGCACUGGAAAGAACUGACUUACUUGUACAUCCAGUAUGAUGAGUUUGAUAAUGCUGCAACAACUGUGAUGAAUCAUUCCCCAGAAGCUUGGGAUCACAUGCAAUUCAAAGAUAUUAUUGUCAAAGUUGCCAAUGUAGAGUUGUAUUAUAAAGCUGUGCACUUCUAUUUACAAGAGCACCCUGAUCUCAUCAAUGAUGUUUUGAAUGUCCUUGCUCUGCGCUUGGAUCAUACCCGGGUUGUAGACAUAAUGCGAAAGGCCGGUCACCUACGACUUGUCAAGCCAUAUAUGGUUGCUGUUCAGAGUAAUAAUGUGUCUGCUGUGAAUGAAGCUCUCAAUGAGAUCUAUGUGGAAGAGGAAGAUUAUGAUAGAUUACGUGAAUCAAUUGACUUGCAUGACAGCUUUGAUCAAAUUGGCCUUGCUCAAAAGAUUGAGAAGCACGAGCUUCUUGAGAUGCGGCGUGUUGCGGCUUACAUAUACAAGAAAGCAGGCAGGUGGAAGCAAUCUAUUGCCUUGUCAAAGAAGGACAACCUUUAUAAAGAUGCAAUGGAGACAGCUUCGCAAUCUGGUGAUCGCGAACUUGCUGAGGAGUUACUUGUGUAUUUCAUAGAACAGGGCAAGAAGGAGUGCUUUGCAUCGUGCCUCUUUGUUUGUUACGAUUUGAUUCGACCAGAUGUUGCACUUGAACUUGCCUGGAUGAACAAAAUGAUCGACUUUGCUUUUCCAUAUCUGUUACAGUUCAUCCGUGAAUACACGGGCAAAGUUGAUGAGCUAAUUAAGGACAAGAUUGAGAAUAUGAAGGAAGCAAAGGCUAAAGAAAAUGAGGAGAAAGAUGUUGUCAUGCAACAGAACAUGUAUGCCCAAUUACUGCCUCUUGCUUUGCCGGCACCCCCAAUGCCGGGUGUCGGGGGUCCUCCAGGAAUGGGCGGGGCCUUUGCUGGUCCUCCGCCGCCAAUGGGAGGAAUGGGCAUGCCUCAGAUGCAGCAAUUUGGCAUGCCCCCCAUGGGGUCGUAUUGAUAAGGAGGAGAGGUGGAUAUUGACUAGGAAGUGGUACGUGUACUUUGGACUUUAUGGUUUGACUCAAUAUGUUAUCUAUCUAUCUAUCCAUCAUCUUUGUUUUUAGACUUUACUAUCUUCUGGGAAUUGGGGGCUAGAACGGCCGAGGCAUUAUUGGUUGAAAGGGUUAGGGUUAUAUGACAAAACGAGAAAAAUGAUGAAUAAUGUGAUGGGAUGGAUGGUUGGUUGGUGUUGUUUUUUUCUUCUAUCAUAUACUCAUAGGGUGUGUGGGUGGAUAUAUAGUUUCUUUUCUUCCUUUGUAAUACUGUAUUCUUUGGUAGGCUGAGGCAUUUUUUGCAGCUUUAGGAGACAAGGCUGAAGCUUAAGGAAGGAUGUUAUGAUAAGUUGUGUAAUUUUUGUAUAAGCAAGUUGCCCUGCCCUGCCCCCCCGUACCUGUAGGGAGGGAGGAGAGGAUAACCGCCCAUUUUUAUUACUGUUUGUUUUCCAAGUAUUAUAUAUUGUUUUUGUGGUGGUUUGUUCUUUUUUUUUUUUGGGUAAAAAAGAGAUGGUAUGUAUUGUCUAUAUUUGUGUAUGUGACUUUUUUGUUCAUGUUUCUGAAUCCAUUUGGGGUUGAUUCAUUCGACUA